AUGAAUAUUUAUCCGCCGCUGCUUCUUGCUCCUGGUUUCCCUUACCUUGCCGCAGGUCAGUCCAUGGUAUUCCGCUCCCCCCUAGACCUCUAUUCCUCCCACUUCUUGUUGCCAAACUUCGCCGAUUCUCACCACCGCUCCCUACUUCUGGCGAGUAGCGGCGGCGGGACCGGUGCGGGAGGCGGCGGCGGCGGCACGGGCGGCGGCGGCGGCGGCGGGAACGGUGCGGGAGGCGGCGGUGCUGGCGGAGCAGGCGGCGGCGGCGGCGGCAGCGGCGGCGGCUCCAGGCCCCCCCCGGAAGAGUUGUCCAUGUUCCAGCUGCCCACCCUCAACUUCUCGCCGGAGCAGGUGGCCAGCGUCUGCGAGACGCUGGAGGAGACGGGCGACAUCGAGCGGCUGGGCCGCUUCCUCUGGUCGCUGCCCGUGGCCCCCGGGGCGUGCGAGGCCAUCAACAAGCACGAGUCGAUCCUGCGCGCGCGCGCCGUGGUCGCCUUCCACACGGGGAACUUCCGCGACCUCUACCACAUCCUGGAGAACCACAAGUUCACCAAGGAGUCCCACGGCAAGCUGCAGGCCAUGUGGCUCGAGGCGCACUACCAGGAGGCCGAGAAGCUGCGCGGCCGCCCGCUCGGCCCGGUGGACAAGUACCGCGUGCGCAAGAAGUUCCCGCUGCCGCGCACCAUCUGGGACGGCGAGCAGAAGACGCAUUGCUUCAAGGAGCGGACUCGGAGCCUGCUGCGGGAAUGGUACCUGCAGGACCCCUACCCCAACCCCAGCAAGAAACGCGAACUGGCGCAGGCCACCGGCCUCACCCCCACACAAGUAGGCAACUGGUUUAAGAACCGGAGGCAGCGCGACCGCGCCGCGGCGGCCAAGAACAGGCUCCAGCACCAGGCCAUCGGACCGAGCGGCAUGCGCUCGCUCGCCGAGCCGGGCUGCCCCACGCACAGCUCGGCAGAGUCGCCGUCCACGGCGGCCAGCCCCACCACCAGCGUGUCCAGCCUGGCGGAGCGCGUGGACACCGGCACCUCCAUCCUCUCGGUAACCUCCAGCGACUCGGAAUGUGAUGUAUGA